CUUGUCCCACUGCGCGCCCCCUGGAGCGCCGCGCACCCCUGGGACCCUUGCGCGCCCCGGGUGCCCAGCAUAACCCGAGAUCCCCCGCUCACCCCGGGAUCUGGGGAUUGCCCCAGGAGCCCCGCGUACCCCUGGACCCUGACGCGGCUCCCCGAACGCCACGCGCUCCAGGACCCCUGCGCGCUCGCAGAAUUCCGGGGCUUGGCCAACCCGGCUGCGCGCCCUGGUGAGGGGCCCCGCCCCACCUCAGAGGAUCCCCCUCUUCCAACAGACGGAGCCCCGCCCCAGAGGGACCCCCAGGUCCGACAGGGACAUCCAGCCACGCCCCAGCGGGCUCCCAGCAUCUCGCGCCUGGAGCCCUGUGCUCCAGAAGAUCCUCGGUGCCCAGCUGGGGGCUCCCCGCCCUGCUGAGGGGGCGCUGCCCAGGAGGGUCCCCCGCAUCCCGCGGGCCCGGGCAGGAUGCACGCCGCCCUGGCGGGGCCGCUGCUUGCCGCCCUCCUCACCACCGCCCGCGCCCGCCCGCAACCCCCUGACGGAGGACAGUGCCGGCCGCCCGGAUCGCAGAGGGACAUGAACUCCUUCCUAUGGACUAUUCGGCGCCAUCCCCCAGCCUAUUUGUUUGGCACCAUUCACGUUCCAUAUACCCGAGUCUGGGACUUCAUCCCUGAUAAUUCCAAAGCAGCCUUCCAGGCCAGCACCCGCGUCUACUUUGAGCUGGAUCUGACAGAUCCCUACACCAUCUCGGCCCUGGCCAGCUGCCAGCUGCUGCCCCAUGGGGAGAACCUGCAGGACGUGCUGCCAAGAGAGCUCUACUGGCGCCUGAAGCGCCACCUGGACUACGUGAAGCUGAUGAUGCCCUCAUGGAUGACACCAGCCCAGCGCGGCAAAGGGCUGUAUGCUGACUACCUGUUUAAUGCCAUUGCUGGCAACUGGGAGCGUAAGAGGCCAGUGUGGGUGAUGCUGAUGGUGAACUCGCUCACGGAGACGGACGUGCGCUCCCGAGGCGUGCCUGUGCUGGACCUCUACCUGGCCCAGCAGGCUGAGAAGAUGAAGAAGAGCACUGGGGCUGUGGAGCGGGUUGAGGAGCAGUGCCAUCCUCUCAAUGGGCUCAACUUCUCCCAGGUGUUGUUCGCCCUGAACCAGACUCUGCUGCAGCAUGAGAGUGUGCGGGCUGGGAGCCUGCAGGCGCCAUACACCACGGAGGACCUCAUCAAACACUACAACUGCGGGGACCUCAAUGCAGUCAUUUUCAACCAUGACACAUCCCAGCUCCCCAAUUUCAUCAACACCACCCUCCCACCUCAUGAGCAGGUGACAGCCCAGGAGAUUGACAGCUACUUCCGCCAGGAGCUCAUCUACAAGAGGAAUGAGCGCAUGGGGAGGAGAGUCAUGGCGCUGCUGCAGGAGAACCAGGACAAGAUCUGCUUCUUUGCCUUCGGAGCAGGUCACUUUCUGGGGAACAACACUGUCAUCGACGUCCUAAGACAGGCAGGACUGGAGGUGGACCACACACCUGCUGGGCAAGCCAUCCACAGCCCUGCUACUGGGAGCCCGGCUCCCUCUCCCGAGGGCACCUCUUCUGCCAGUCCAGCCCCAGCAACCCCAGCUGCUGCAGUGCUGGAAGCAACCUCAGCAACCCCCACCACCCCUCCAGAGGAGGAGGAUCCAGUCCUGUCCCCACAUCUCCUGCUCCCCGACAGCCUUAGCCAGCUGGAGGAGUUCGGACGGCAAAAGUGGCGCAAGAGACUAAACAAACAGCAGCGGCCGAGGCAGUUCAACGACCUCUGGGUCCGCAUCGAGGACAGCACCACUGCCUCACCACCCCCGCUGCCUCUCCAGCCUACUCCCAGCUCUGGGACCACCAAACCUUUUGUCAAGUUCUCACACCAACUCCAACAGCAGGACGUUGCGGGGCCUACCAGCAACUCAGCACCUACACUGGGCCUCCCUGCUGCUGUCGCUGCCACCAUCGUCGCCCCCUUCCUACUACACACCCUUGGGCCUUCCUGACCUUGACACCCUGCAGAGCAGUCAGAGAAGGCACAGAAAUCUGUGACCGCGCCCACCGUCUGACGCCACCUCAGAGGGUACUGACACCUCAAGGCAGUUCACACAGGACAGGGACCUUAAAACACCAGAGCUUUAUUGUACCCAAAUUACAUCUUCUUUUUUGUAGAAGGUCUUAAUUUCCCAUAGUGCUAUGGGGCCCUUUUGUAAAAUAUGUGUCCAUAUUAAAAGAGAAAAUGUAUUUAUUCUAUCGAUAAAACUAUUUUUAUGUAGCCUAUGUUAUAGUCCCUGAAUUAGCCCCAACACCAACCCAGGGAAGGAGCCCAGGUUCCCAUGACCUCUGUGACCUGUGUGGACUGUGGCUUUGAGUUGGCCCCAAGCCUCCUAGUCAGGCUUGGCUUCUCACACUGUAGGUACCUCUGAGGGCAAGCAGAAAGGCAGCCCCAGCUUUUGUGAAGCUGAAUUUCAUAGCCAGAGGCAUGGUGGCCAGCCCAUCCUCCUCAUCCCUGGAUGUACCCAGGCCCUGGAGGGACAAUUUAAGGGGGAAAAAAUGCUGCUAUUUUGAGGUCCUGAGUGUCUGUGGACUGGCCUUCCAGAGCUCCUGGAGAGGGUUUUUCCAUCUAAGUGGAAGACUGGUGCUGAGGCAGGUGAACCCAGUCCCAUGGUCAUUUUGCUACACUGAGACCCAAAAAGUGAAUGGGAUUUACCCAAAGUCUCGAAGCAAGUGGGCGAUCUGUGUUCCAGUGGCACUGGCCCAGCUUUCAUUUCAUAGAAGCUGGUAAAACCACAGCUGAGUGAAGUAAGCAGAAGGACAGGAGUGGGCACAGGACGGUUUCAGGAGUGAUGGAGUUCAGGAGCCAUCAGUUGUGGUACUGAUGAUGGUAACAGAGGACCAUGGACCAGAAGCCUGCAGCAGGGUGGGCUCUCUGCACUCUCCCUUCUUCAUAGAUCCUCACACUAAUGCUGUGAGAUGUGAUUACCCUCAUUUCAUUGAUGACACUGAACCCCCAAAAGAGUGAGAAAGAUCCUCCCAAGUUUACACACACAAACACACACACACCCAGAUCAGUGUGAUACAAAAACUACCCUUGUCUCAUGGACCGUGUUCUGCUCCUGUUCUGUCUGGAGAAGCACCAAGGGAGGCAGAUCUCCCUAACUGGAGCCCUCCCAGGCUUCCUAUAGCAGGCGAGGAGGCUGUUUCACCAGCUCCUCCUGCUGGUUCCUGCAGCCAGGGGGCUCUAGCAGGAUCUGGGCAGGCAGGGAGUUGAGACACAGGCUUACCCUUCUAUCCCCAGGGGCUGACCAGGGACACAGUGAACCAAUGUGGACUGAAUUUCAGCCUGCAGCUCAAAGCUGGGCUUGUGGCUCAUUAAUUAUUUAAUUAUGAGAGCAGGAAAGACCCCUCACCUGUCAAUAAAGUAAGAGUAAUACUAAGGUUCAGAUAGAGGAGAGACUUCUCCAAGAUGCCAUAGCUGGCGCAGGCAUGUUGACUCCAGUCCUGUUCUCUCACCCCGCUGCACAUGGGUUUCCCUGGCAGCCUUGAUGGCGCCUGGUUGGCUGCAACACUGCCAUGCUAAUGUUGGCAGACUUAUCCCUUCUGAGAUGGCAGGAUUCUGGGCAACUCAUUGGGUAGUCAGGGGUCCCACAGGCAUGCUGGCAGGCGGCAGAAUUCUUUCCAGCUCUGCCCCAGUGGACAGGUUUAAGCCUGAGACCUGGCAGGAUUCUGGAACUCCGCUUCACAGGGUCCCGCCAGCCCCAUGGGCACCACACUGUAAACUGAACUUGACCUCCACCAGGACUGGAGUCAGUUUAUCCUUGGGAAAAAAAAAUGUAACUUCCUAUUGCUGAGCGGGAAGGGGCUUAGCUGACUUUUAAAGCAGGCUCAGAAGUUAGACUUCAAACAGAUCGUGCAGAGCACUAUUGGGAUGAGAUAAGUGUAAAGGAAUUGGAAACACACAGGCCAGAUUCCCCUGUUUGGGGCAGAGUAUGGCAUGAAAUGUAUGGAGAUCAAACUUGAGGUUAAUUAAAGAUGAAACUUUUGGGGAAACAGUCCAGGCACCUGACUGUGUGCCCAGACCUGUGCCAGGCGUGGGGCCAAAAUGGUGAAUUAAUGCAGCAUAUAAUCACUGCGAAAGCACGGUGCCAGGUUACACAUACAGGCUGAAUUGUACCCACCCUCCUGGGCCCAGAAGAGUUCACCAUCAGGAUGGGAUAGAGGAGCCAUCCUGGGCUACUGCUGCCCCAGCCCCAGUGUCAGCCCACUGUCCUUCCAGAUCCCUUCUUAAGGAAGAUGAGGAGUGAAGGAAGUGUUCCAAACUGUCUUCCUCAGCCAGACUUUAAAAGUUUUAAAGAAAGGCAAUGUGCCAUGCUUAGGGGCACAUGUCUGUAAUGACUGUUCUUGGGAGGCUGAGGCAGGAGCAUCGUAAGUUUGAGGACCAACCUGGGAUACAUAGACCUAGAAGAGAGAACAAUUAUUGGUCAGACAUCUAAGAGCAACGGUGCUUGUUCCCUGGAGAUCUCUAAUAAGCCAGGGUUUGAGUAAGUAGCAAACUCAACUUGUUGGCCUACAUCCCAGGAGGCCUCAGGCACAAAAAUAAAAUGUAUUGCUAGGCCACUUCAACUUCGUGUCCUGCUCUGAAAACACCAGUAAUCCAUCAGCCGUUUCUCAGACUUCAUGUUCUGUCUAGCUGGACUCAUAAACACAAAGCUUCAUUCCUUUGGGCGUUCCUUGAGUAUUUUUAGAACUUUCUCUUUGACUUUGAGGCAGACAGAAUGAUGGAAGGCCAGAGGCCCAGAAGAUUAAGUGACCGGGACAUGGUGAGGGGAAAAGAAUCAGGGAGGUGCAGGGGCCAGUCCUCAGGGUCAGAGAUCCAGAGUCUGCCAUGUGUGGACAGCAAUGGCUCAGAACAUUCAUCUCACAUGGGAAGACCCCCACGUACAUCCUCUCCACAUGCAGUGUGGUCACUUGCUACUUCCUGGCCUCAUCUAGACUUGGGCAAGCCUGGGAGCUCAGGUGCUUUGUCCCACCACUCAGCCAAGUACUCUUAUCACAACAGAUCCCAAAGAAGAGAACUGCUACCAAAAGAGAAUUUCUUUGAAAAGAUGAUAUUCUAUGCAGGAUUUGUAGCGUAAAUGACAUCCUGGGUGUUAAAAAACAGAAUUGGGGUAAUGAUAACCAUGAGAUAAACACCAGGUCCUUCACUUGGCAUUCCAAAUCCUCCAUGACCCGGCUCAGCUGACCUUGCUGGCCAUUCUCAUCCUUCCCACCCCAGAUCUGACAGAUGGAAUCAUAUUUGUUAUUUCUAGAAUAUACACAGUGUUUUAUACAUGUUACUACCCUGGGGAAGCUCUCUUCCCUUCUCCCAAUCAUGUAUCCUGUGAAGAUAAUUGGGAGGGGGCAUUAGCUUCAGGAUGUCCCCCUAGAGCCCUUUGUGUGCCCUGGGACCCGUUACCAUGCCCACAUUCCAGAGCUGGGGCUGUCUAGAUAGGAAUUGCUCCCGGUUGGGAAAGCAAGCAAUUCAAUGGAGUAGGUCAUGUGUCAUUUUUCUAUAUGUCCUUCAACACAAAAGUGAUACUCCUUAGAUGCACUGAGAGGGACAAAGGAGGAAAGGAAGCAGACAAAGGAGGAAGAAAGUCUGGAGCUAGGAAAGGGGAAAGACAGCCUUAGCUUUCUUUUUUGGGACAACUUCCACUUCCCCAGCUGGUAAAGGACAGCACCUGAGGGCAGAGGUCUCUGGCUGGAUGGAGAGGCAGAGUAUGCAAGGCCCCAAGGCCCACUGGCUGAAGCUGUGGUAGCCAGCUGGAAGUCUUGGCACAGGACUGAUGUCAAUGACAUGGAGGUGCCCCCUGGCUCUGUAAGGCUCAGGUUCUUUAAACAUUGCUAUUUUUCCAAAAAUUCAUCUAAGCAGCCAAAAAUAUCACCCUGGCUGGCUGUCUAAGCCGGUAGAUUCAGGACUCAGACAAGCCUCCCUAGCCACCCUCCCCCCAUUCUUCCACAGCCCUGCCAGACUUGCCAUGAGAUGGCAGAAAUGCCUGCAGCUCUUGGGCAGGAGAUGUCAUGGGGAGGAGAGGCUAGAUUGAAACCCUGCCCAUGGCUCCAGCCCAGAGCCCUUCUGUCUGUGCCCAACCCUGGGGAAGGAAAGACGGGGCUUAUAAGGACCCUUGGGAAUGUCAGCUCCUCACAGCCUGUCUCCAAAGGCAGAUUGGGAUCCCCCACCCCCACCCAUCCCUUUGCUUGAUGGCCUUGGGUAAGCCCUUGCCCCUCUUUAAGCUCCAUUUCCUCUUGGACCAUAGGGAGAGUUUCCUGAAGCCAGGAGGGGAAUUCUGUGUAUAAUGUUGGGUCUCCUUGAAGGUGGGGUUCCACCCUUCUUUAGCCCAGCCUCCCAUGUUGGCCCCGCAGGCGGCCAUGAUGAGAGCAUGUGACAGACUAGAAAGCUUUACUUAAAGGCUCCUUCCGUCCUAAGACCUGUCCUGGGGAAUGUGGUUUUGAACAGGAUCCAAGUCUACGCUGCCUGGUGUGAGAGACCAGGGACUCUUAGGCAGGAGUCUCCCCGGUUGCCAGGCUGGGUGGGCAGAGCACUUGGCUCCAGGCGGGGAAGCUGGCCUUAGGCUUUGCCCAGCUCUAAGUCUCGAAGUCUCAGAUUUGUUGGCUCUCCCAGUGUGCCUCACUGUACCAAGCUGGCUUCAGCUCUCCCAGUGUUUGUGCUGUUCUUCAUCACCUCUUCCCUCACCCCUGUGAAUUGUCAUGAAGAGUUCUUUAAGAGUAUAAUAGAAGACAAAGAAAG